AUGUCUGUUGAUCCAAAUGUAGAUAUACCUGUAUCUGUUCCUAAAGCAGACGAGGAUAGUGAGUCUGUACAUGAAGCAGAGGGGCCAGAGGUGAGUAGAAAUGAAUAUUUACAUGAGGGUGGUUGGCAAAAUGUUGACAACCCUCUGCAUGAGCUAGAGUUUGUACAAAAUGAAAUACACAGUUUUCAUUUAGAUCAAGAACAUUUAGAGCAUCGACAAUGUACAAUGUGUAAAGAAGCUUGGCCGACACGCCAGAACUUGGCAUCAGAAGUAUACAUUUGUUACCAGUGCAAGAGAGACAAGAAAUCACCCAAGAAAUUCAGUGCCGAGAAUGACAUGGACCCAGGAACAGUUCCUGAACAAUUGAGAGGUUUGACACAGGUAGAAGAAAUGUUAAUUUCAAGGGUUUGUCCCAUUAUGAGAGUGUAUAGAAAACAUGGGGGUCAGAGGGGGUAUAAAGGACAUGUACUUAACUUACCACAAGAUAUUCAAAGUUUCUUGAAUAGGUUGCCUUCACGUGUGGCAGACUUGCCUUGUCUUGAUUGUGCGAAGACAUGGUGCAGAAGACACACAUCGAGACUUUACUGUGCGUCGACACAAAGUUCUCGAGGCUGUGUUAUGGUUAAAGACAAACAAUCCGUUCUUUAAAGAUAUCGAAAUUGAUAGAGAUGUCAUCCAAAGUUUACCAGAAAAUGGUAUUCCCGAUGAGCUAAGGUAUGUCAUUGAUGAAAAUGAGCUUUCAGUUCAUGUUGAAAAUGAGGGGCCUCCCCAAGACCCAGUAAUGAGUGCUAAUGCAAGUGUGGAAGAGUUAGUUUUAGGAAGUGGCAGUACAUCGUUUAUUCCUAUGCGUCAAAGACAGAGAAAAGAAGGUGCAGCUAUCCAAGAUGCAGUGAAUGAGGUUGAUCCAUUAGAUUGGCCAUCUACUGAAGGUAAUCUCGUUAAUGAAUUUAAAACAGAUGGUUUAGCUACUAUGGCCUUUCCUACAUUGUUUCCUUAUGGGAAGGGUGACCCUAAAAAUAGGGCACGGCAACAUGGUAUAACGUUAACUGAAGCUUUCAAACAUUUAAUGAAGUUUGCAGAGAGGCUUGCAGAUGGUAAGUUUGAAUGGAGGUUUGCUUCUCACCCACGGUUUCCUUAUUGGGCGUUAAAUAUGAAACAACGGCAUCAGCGGUUGUCACAAGCAAAUGUUUACUUGCGUCAACAUCCUGCUGAUGCAAACAUGACAAUGGAAAAACUGAAGCAGAUGGUAAAUUCCAUGAGUGCAAACCAAAUGAUGAAUAGGUUGCAACGCUAUGUGUCCAAAGUACAAGGUACGAAUCAGUAUUGGUAUCAGCGGCUGCAGGAAUUGCUAGCCCUGAUUGAACAAAAAGGCUGCCCUACAUUUUUCUUUACCUUUAGUGCAGCUGACAUGCAUUGGCCAGACUUACAGAGGCUGUUGCAGAAUGAUGAAGGUGCAAGCAGAUCUGAGCGAGCACAAGCUGUAAUCGACAACCCCCACCUAACUGAUUGGUUUUUUAUGCAGCGGCUGCAGGAGUUUGUCAGACAUUGGCUUAAUGGCAUAUUGGAUGCUGAGUGGCACUGGUAUCGAUUUGAGUACCAAGCUAGGGGAAGUAUUCAUUGCCACGGAUGUGCAAAGUUAAAAAAGGACUCUGAUAUUAGAAAAUUACGUACUAGGGCAUGUGUUGCAUUCCUAGAGAGUGAGACAACAAAGUACGAAAUGUCACCUGAUGACUUUGAAUUCCUUUGUGGGGAUUUGAUAAGACAAGGAGAAGAUGCUGAGAAGUUGCUAAUACAGUAAGAAAAAAUAUUUUCCAUAUUAACAUUUCCAUAUAUGUGUACUGUAGACCAAGGUAACUGUGCAGAAUCUGUUGUGGGAUAAUUGUUUCAAUAAUAUUAUAAAUUUAUCCUGGCAACAGGUCUUCAAAUGCAUGUGCCGGCAUUGUAAGUUAAAUGCACAAUACCGGAUCCGAAUUAUUAGUCAUAACAUUGAAUUUAAAUAGUCAUAACAUUGAAUUUUGCAUUUUUAGAUAUCUCUUACUGUACCUGCUACUGAAUUUACAGUAUUGCAAUAGCAUUUCAAAAUACAGUACCAUGAAAACGAUAAAAGGCAUGCUCCCAAAAGUGUGCAGGUCAAAUAUUCAUGUCAACUAAAAAGCGAAUUUUGUAUUGUGCAUUGUAUUACCACUGCUGCCUACUUUGGAUAAAAUUAUUUAAUAAUAUGACUACUACUGUAAAUACUUUAUAAAGGCAGGGUAAACUUCUGUGCACAACUUUUGCCUAAAAUUGUCGCAUACAACCUGCUUAUAUAUAUGUGUAUACAACUUGAGUAAACAACCUGGGUAAACCAAGCACACAACUAUGGCUAUGACAACGUAAGCAAAUUUAAUACAGUGUGAACUUGUGGUACAAGCAGGUUGCAUGAGGCAAAAGUUGUGUAGUCUAUUUAAAUCUGCCUUAAUACACUAAAUAUAAUAACACUCACCAAAUACCCAGCUAAUAAUAUAUGCAGAUAGCCAAUCUCCACAAUUUUGAAAGGUCUUUCGCUCAUAUUUUUUAUUAUUAUUAUUAUGCAUAUUUAAUAUAUUAUGAUACGGUAGUAUUAACUUUAAUUGCUACAUUAAAAUUGAAAAAGUAACAAUAUUUUAUGUGUAAACAAAAUUCCUUAUAAAAUUCCUUAAAAGGUUUCAAUUUUCCUGAAAGGAAUUUUCAAUUUAUUUAUUCGUAUGUAAGAAAUUUAUUGGAAUGUAAGAAAUUACAUAAAUAGAAAGUGGAAAUUUAGCUGUUGGUGAUACAGGUUUCACAGGAAAAUAUUUCACUCAGUCAAUGGUGUAAUUAAAACUGUUUUAUGACUAAUUUGGUAAUAUUUGGCUAAUAGAACGAGCAUGCACAUAUAAUAAUAAGUUAUGAUUAUUUUAAAGGUAUGUUGACUGGCUGGUGACAACUUUUAAUGAGGAAUUGCCUGAUGAGAACUGGAGUGUACCAGAUCCUCACCCAUCUGCUGUUAGGGCUACAACAGUGGAUAAUCGUGACAAUGAUUAUCACAGGUUAGUUAAUACUGUAGAAAGACACACUAGAUGCAGUCCAGCAUAUUGUUUGAAACAGAAAAGAGUGGACCUGCUUGCAGAAUGCAGAUUUGGUUUUCCAAAGCCAUUACAAGAAGAAACAGAACUGAGUCGUGAGUUGGUGGUAAGUAAGAAUACUAAGUCUGUUGAGUCUGAGUUACAUACCAAGCGAAAUGACCAAAGGUUAAAUUCACACAACAGGGUGAUGCUCGAAAACUGGCAGGCAAAUGUAGAUUUGCAAGUCAUUGUAGAUGAGAAGGCUUGUGCAAGAUACAUGGCUAAGUAUGCUGCGAAAGGAGAACCCCGAUCGAAAUCGGCCUCAUUACAGAAUGAUGAUCAAGUCUCUUCGGCCUUCAAGAAAGCAAUGAUCCAAGUUGCUGGGGAUAGAGAUAUGGCAGCACAAGAAACUGCGCAUAUGUUACUUAGUCUACCACUGGUUGGCUGCACAUUUAGUUUUGUUACUAUUUCUUUAGAUAACAGCAGGAAGGUUAAUAUUGAUGCAGAAAAUGAAGGCGAUGAGCUACUUAAAAAAUCUCAGCUACAAGAAUAUGCAGAAUGUACAAAAUUGAAGAGUAGGUAUACAGGCUUGUCUCAGCUAAAUCUGAUGCAAUAUGGGUCACAGUACACGAAAGUCAGAGGGUGAGUUGACAAAACGAGUGAAUCCGUACAUUGUCAGGACAUUUCCAAAGAUUUCCGCUAAUCCAGCUGGUCCUGAUUUUGGAAAAUACUGCAAAUAUCAACUAAUAAAGUUUAAACCAUGGGAGGGUCAACCGUCAAAUGCUUGGAACAAUGAGGAUGAAAGUGAUCAAAUGUUUAUUAAUGCAUAUGAAUUUUUUCUUAUGACAGAUGAAUUUGCGUAAGAAAAUGUGUUUAGGUAUUCCGAUGAAAGAGACAGAGUUCAUGAUGCACAAUGUGGUCAAACCUUUGAAAACGAUCCAAGUGACAAUCAAGAUGAUGACGACGAAAGUGAAGUUGACCCUGAUGAGGAGGAGGAAGUUGAUGAUUGGAUGUUGUUAUGCAGAAUUAACCAAGAUUAUGGUGAAGCAGGUAAUCAGAUGCCAGACAAUGAAGCAGUGGAUUGGUUUGAAACUGUGAGAGCUGUGCCUAGAGAUUUGUUAAGGGAAUCUCCAGGAUGGAUCUAUAGUCAGAGAAAGGAGGCUGAAGAACAUGGUCAGCAAUUUCGAGAAGAUGAUCAACAAUGUGUAAUUGAUCCGGACACCCUGAAUGAAAAACAACGGCUUGCUUACAACAUCAUUCAAUCUCAGAAUGGUGAUAAUGCCGAGCCUGUAUAUAUGAUUGUGUGUGGAACAGCUGGCACAGGUAAGACAUACUUGAUAAGUGCAACAAAACAAGUAUUAGCCACUCAGUGUGUUGUUACAGCAACUACUGGGAUUGCAGCCUUUAGUAUUAAUGGUCAAACAUUACAUUCUGCUGCUCAACUUCCUAUCCGUGAAUAUAGGGAUUUGCAGGGUGACUCACUACAGCGGUUACAGGUGAGGCUAGAAGGUAAAAGAUUUCUGAUUAUUGAUGAAAUGUCAAUGAUUGGACAUAAAAUGUUAUCAUGGCUGGACAAUAGAUUACGUGCUGGUACUGGAAAGCAAGAUAUCCUUUUUGGUGGUAUGUCAGUAAUUCUAAUGGGGGAUUUUGGUCAAUUACCACCUGUUGGUGAUAAGCCAAUGUAUGUUUCAGGUAACGGAACAGUAGUAAGUGACCAUGGACAUAGUCUGUAUCUGAUGUUUGAGUCUGUCAUUAUUUUAGAUCAAGUUAUGCGUCAGGCUGGUGAGGACCCCGAGGCAAUUGCUUUUAGAGCCUUGCUGAUGAGAAUGCGAAAUGGCGAAGUGACAGGGGAGGACUGGAAACUAUUGUUGGAGCAUUCAACAACAAAUGUACCAAUGGAUCAAUUCACUGAUGCCAUCCGAUUGUACUUUGACAAGAAAAGUGUUGCUGAAUACAAUUACCUAUACAAGUCUACACCAUCAGGUGUAGACAUGCAUUUUUGA